AUCCAGUAUUACAUCUAGCAUCCCCUAAGUUACGAUUGUAUAGUAUUAUAUAUUAUUAUUAUUAUUACUCAAUUUAGGCAUCAUGACCUUCACGAAACCUAUCACAACGCCUGUCGAGUCUUGUUGCACCUGCGCAACUCUCCUUUGCCACGUUCCACGAUAUAGCGACUCGGAAAAGCCUCUACCAAAAGAUCGUCUGUUAGAGUGUUGCCAAAGGGUAAUAUGUGGUAACUGUCGCAGUAACAAUCCUCGCUUUAAUACUUAUUGUCCCUAUUGUCAAAUCUCGUUAAUAGACACGAAACUCCCGCCAGGUCUAAAAGACCCCCCUUCAUAUGAAUCUUCGGUCGCAACUAGUUCAAAAAACAUAUUAGCUGCACCACCGCCGUAUACGCCGUCCGCAGCACACAAAAUCCCAAACCAAUUAGACGAAAAGUCCGUCUCUUUUGAUUCUCUCGACAAGCCGCCAGAGGAUACCCUACACUUCUUAAAUCAUGAGCAUGAUACUAUUUCCUCUCUUUCCCUCCGAUACGGUGUCCCCGCAUCGGUUCUUAGGCGCGCCAAUAAUAUCACAAGUGAUCACCUAAUUCUAGGGCGACGGACUAUACUCAUACCUGGAGAGUACUAUAAGGGUGGCGUGAGCCUGUCACCACGACCCAUCGAGGGUGAAGAAGAAGAGGCGCGAAAAUCUAAGAUCCGGCGAUGGAUGGUGACGUGUAAGGUCCAUGAAUACGACGUUGCCGUCCUUUACUUGGAACAGGCCGGUUAUGAUCUCGAAAUGGCAACAGAAGCCUUCUUCGCCGAUGAAGAGUGGGAACGGACACACCCAGUUGAGGCAGCGGGAAGAGGUAAAGGGAUUGCGAGGCCAGCCAAUAGGAGCUCGUAUUGGAGGGGGCGUAGAGGAUAGAGAACAUUCGAUUGAGUGUUCCGCUAUCCGGAUUCGAGAAAUUCAUUUCGUAAAUACAGUGUGCUCCUUGUUACUCCAGGCGCCAU